GAAGGAAACAGCGCCGUGGCCGAAACACGAAACUCCAGAAAACUGGAAAAAGGGGGACUAGAGGAAACAGUUUAUUCACGUUUCAGUCGGUGAUAUAAGCGACAUUUUGUUUCUUUUUUAUGUUGUUUACCUGGUGUUCUUUGAGACUGACUUACAAUGGCGCCUGAAAAAGAAAAUCCACGAAAUUCCGUGCCAUCCCAUUGAAAGCAAGUUUACUCAUGGAGUAAGGAAAGGAGCAAGUCGGGAGUCAUGAGCACAGGUGUGAAGAAGCCGCCAGUGGCUCCCAAACCCAAACUCGCUCCCUUGGUGAAGCUCUGGCCUCCUCCCAUCGCCCCCAAACCUGAUCUUCUCCUCUCCCAGCCUUCCCAAYCCUCCCYCCUUCUUACCCAACCCUCCCCUGCYGYGCUAAAGAGAGCCAAACCUGCUGUGGCGCCCAAACCAUGCCUCUCCAAACCCUCCGCCCCWSMAGCCCCGGCUUCUCCCCCACCCCYCAGACCCAGAGUACCCCAAACCCCUUCCCAGRAGUGCMGSGGGGCUGGGGACGASAGCCUCUCCUUCCUCAACUCCAGAAACGGGAUCCUGUCGCAGCCCAUCCUGCGCGACUCGGWCUACAUCAUUCCUACRUGCUCCUGYGGACUCCAGGACUGCUCCCAAUGCAAACGACUAGGGAAUGGGAACGUUACAGAGGUCGGGAGCGAUACGCUCGGCUCCUGGCCAAACGGGAAUGCCACGGAAAGCAYUGGAACGCUGGUAGCCAAUCGGCCGGGUAAAACAGAGAACGGAGACAGUGAGGAGAGCGGAGGAGUGACCAACACCCUCCAUCUCAGGCUCAAGGACAAACCCCAGAGACAGGAGGGGCAGAGGGAUGGAGAGGGGAGCAGGGAUGAGGAGAAGCUGCAGGGGAACAAAGAGGAGAGACAGAGGAACCAGAAAGGACAGGAGGGUCAGCGGUAUCAGACUGGUUCAGGGGACCAGUCAUGUAAUGUUCUUGAGGUGGCAGAAACACUUACACAGACUAAAGCUUCUAAUGCAGAACAGACAUACACUGACAGCUGUAAUAUAGACUGCAAUGAGACUGACACCAUUCCCACUCCCCUCAUCCUCCCACUGGAAGUCUCCCCCAUUCGCACCCCCCCACAGACAGUCCCCCCCACCCGCACCCCCUCUCAGAUAGUUCCACCCACCCGCACCCCCCCACAGAUUUUACCCCCCAACCUCGCCCCCUCCCAGGUGGACAGUGAGCCUGACAGCACCCCCUCCCACGCAGACAGUAGUACACAGUGUUCCAGAAUACCCAGGUUACCCACUGACCUCACAGUCCCUGCCGCCCCAGUAAGCCCCUGCCCGUGCCGCUGCCACGCAAGCCCCAGAGGAGGAGAAGAAGAGGAAGUUGAGGACGGGUACGGAGACUUUGAGCGCUACCCUAUCACCCGGAGCCUGCCCAACAAGAUCAAGCUCAGCUGCCGCCCGCCCCCCGUCAGGGCCCAGUCCUUCUCCUCGGCUGACCUGCUGGCCCGCGCCGACGGCACCAAGAGGAGCCUUCCUUCCCGAAGCUUCUGGAGCUGCGGUUGUCUGUCAGAUGUUGCCACGGUUACUGGCCAGAAGCGGCCAGUCUCUGGAUUGUACCAGCGUGGAGCCGGGCGGGACGGGACGGUGACCAGUCCGACGACAGUGCGGGUGUCUGGCAGGGAUGGAGAGGCAUCUGAGUCCCAUGGCUAUAGAGACAUCGUGCCAUUUACUGUUCCCAUAAAACGUUCAAAAGGUCAUUCAGAAGUGUGUGUACGUGGUAUGCUUGCAUGGAUAUACUGUAUGUGUAAGUGCACACACACUCUGGCUGAUAACCAUGAGGAUAAUGCGGAGACCGGGACUUCCUGUUUUGCCUGCAGGGGCUGGCAUGGAUUGGACGAUGCUCACUCUGAGGAGGAAGUCCACAGCUCUGACGAGGAUGACAACAGCUCUACCUCCAGCAAGGAGCACCUGGAGCUGUCAGAAGAAGACAGACAGCAGGAGGAUGAGGUGAAGAGGAAAAAGGUGGUGCAUAUCGCCCAGGAGAUCAUGAGCUCUGAGAAAGUGUUUGUGGAUGUCCUGAAGCUUCUUCACAUAGAUUUCCGGGACGCAGUUGCCAAGGCGACACGUCAGAAUGGCAAGCCGGUGGUUGAAGAGCGUAUUCUAACCCAGAUCCUCUACUACCUGCCUCAACUAUACCAGCUCAACCGAGACCUGCUCCGGGAACUAGAGGAGAGGGUGGCCCACUGGGGGGACCACCAGAGGCUGGCAGACAUCUUUGUUCAGAAGGGGCCGUACCUGAAGAUGUACUCCACCUACAUCCGGCAGUUUGACAACAACGUGGCUAUGCUGGACGAACAGUGUAGGAAAAACCCUGGCUUCGCAACUGUGGUCCGGGAGUUUGAGAUGAGUCCUCGAUGUGCCAGCCUGGCUCUGAAGCACUACCUGCUGAAACCUGUACAGAGAAUCCCCCAGUAUCAGCUUCUGCUCACAGAUUAUCUGAAGAACCUUCCUGAGGACUCGUCUGACUACAAAGACACGCAAGCUGCUCUGGGCAUAGUGAAGGAGGUGGCCAACCAUGCCAACGACAUCAUGAAACAAGGGGAUAACUUUCAGAAGCUGAUGCAUAUUCAGUACAGUCUGAACGGACAGCAUGAGAUUGUUCAGCCGGGCAGGGUGUUUCUUAAGGAGGGCACUCUGAUGAAGCUGUCCAGGAAGGUCAUGCAGCCACGGAUGUUCUUCCUGUUCAAUGACAUUCUUCUGUACACCACUCCAGUUCAGUCUGGUCAGUAUAAACUCAACAGCAUGCUCUCUCUGGCGGGGAUGAAGGUGAGUAAGCCCAGUCARGAGGCGUAUCAGAAUGAACUGAACAUUGAGAGUGUGGAGCGUUCCUUCAUCCUGUCUGCCAGCUCGGCCACAGAGAGAGAUGAAUGGCUGGCGGCCAUCGCCACGGCGAUAGACGACCACACCAGGAAGAAGAUCACCUUCAUAUCCAGCCGGAGUCAGGAGGAGGCUGAUGGCGUGUGUGACAGUGGGGCCCCUCUAGGUUCUAAGGCCCCUAUUUGGAUCCCAGACCUGAGGGCCACSAUGUGUAUGGUCUGUACCUGUGAGUUCACCCUCACCUGGAGACGCCACCACUGCCGAGCCUGCGGGAAGGUGGUGUGUCAGACGUGCUCGUCCAGUAAGUUCUAUCUAGAGUACUUGAAGAACCAGCCGGCUCGUGUGUGUGACCACUGCUUCGUCAAGCUACAGGAGAACAGUGACCGUGUUGCUUCUGGGGCGCUGUCUCCUACUGGCAGAUCUGGGGGAUUCUCUUUCUCCAGGAAACAGAAGAAGAUCCCAGCUGCUCUCAAAGAGGUGUCUGCAAACACAGAGAACUCCUCCAUGAGUGGCUACCUACAGAGGUCAAAGGGCAACAAGAAGCAAUGGAAGAGGCUAUGGUUCGUCAUCAAGAACAAAGUCCUGUACACCUACGCCGCCAGCGAGGACGUAGCCGCUCUAGAGAGCCAGCCUCUGCUAGGCUUCUUCCUGCGGGAGGAGAAGUGUGGGCCUUUCCAGAAGCUGCAGUUUAAACUGUACCACAAAAACACCCUGUUCUAUAUCUUCAAGGCUGACGACAUCCCCACUGCACAGAGGUGGAUUGAGGCUUUCCAGGAGGCCAUGAUUCUUUAACACCUAAACCAGUCAGCUCAUGUCCUUCCCCUGGAGCCAAUGAAAGGACACCUUUUGAUCCUUGACCUCUAGACACGUCAGGGGUCAGCAGCUCAGGAAGCACUCCCCACACCCCGAGCSAUGCCACCCCGAGCCCUGAUGAACCGGUCUGGCUGCCCGCCAGGAGACCCCAGAGUCACAGUGGUGUGAAGAGCAGACAUCAUUGUCUUUCUGGUGGAAAUAUGGACUUUGUUUCAGCUCUACAUUACAUUCAUUGUAAAUGUUGGGAUCYGUUGAAAAUGUGCCCUUGGUCAAACCACCAUGCUUCCAGURGAGCUCUGAGGUUAUGGGCRUGUUGAGCCUCACAGGCUGCAUAUCUAUCUGCUCUGGAUCUUAGAUGGAACCGUUAUGUGUCACAGCUGUGGGUCAAAGGUCAUGUCCUGAAGCGUGUGUGUGUGGAAGUGUUAACAGAAUUAUUGUCUGUGGACAGCCUGCUACCUUAUACAGGGGUGCCUACGGUCCACAAAAGCCUUGAAAGUCAUUGAAAAKGAUUUUAUGUAAAUUGCUAUUGAUUUACAUUAUCCCUGAAAAGUUAAAGGAUAUUGUUAUUUUCUUUGGGAAAUGUAAGGAAAUUGGAAUGGCGAUUAGAGUGUGAACCUUGCAUGAUGAGAUGGAUAUCAGUUACAAAGAAGGGUGAGAAAGCAGUGCAUUCUCUCUGAGUAGGGAAGCUUCUCUGGUGCACUGCAGGUGGUUGGAUUCAACUGUGAAAAAACAGGGUGCCACAAAGACACAGGAGAUGAGCAUUUUGCUCCUUAGAAAUAUAGCAAAAUUACAGGGGUCGGUUUAUGUUGUUAUUCUCUGUUAGGCUUAACUCAGUACAUCUACCACAUGUAUAAUGCAGUAUACUGGAUAAAACUGGAAAUGGCAUAAGUGUCAAUAUUGUACUACACAACCUAUAGAACAAAUGCAUUUUAAAGAGUAUUUGUUAGACUCAGAUGCGGUGGUUGGGUAAUAUGUAGAAUUGGGAGAGUAAAAUGUACCUUUUUUUGUGUAAAAGUCGWGAGCUAAUAUUUAUAUAGAACUGUACAUUUCUCAAUGUCCAUAAUUAUGUGAUUUUAGAAAUAUGAUUUAUUUGAUAACGGAUAUUAUCUUUGUCACUUUUGUAAUAAAUAGUAGCUACCUUUUUUAUUGUAUGCCAUGAUGGUUGUAAAAGCAUGUGUUGUAACAAUGCCUYACUAGUUUGUUUUACACUGCCACAACAGACUUGUUGGAUUCAUUAGGAUUCAUCUUUUAAUCCAGGCCUCGUUUGUAUAAUUUUUUUAUUGAAUCAUUUAAAGUGGACAGAUUACAAAAUAAUGUUUGUCUUUUGAGAUAGACAUGGAAUGGAGAAUGAAAUCUAUCCCUUAGGAAAUGCUCACUAGCAAUAAAGCAACAUUCAGACAGUGCCUUAAAUAUGCUCAAUUAUUUUGUAAUAAUAUAGAUACAGAAAAUGGUAUUUAAUUAUCUUGCCUUGUUUCAUUCAUUAUUCAUUUGAAUUYGGAUAUUCUAUUAUCACAGUGACUACUUUGGCCGGCCCAUCUGACAUUAAACAGUGUAAAUAUCCAUUAUGUAUUUAAAAUGAAAAUUGUUUAGAGUUGACAUUUAGUACUUCAAAUGUACUAAUCAGGUUGCACUACUAUACCAUUGUGGCAGGUGGCCUUAUGGGAAAUGAAGUUUAUAACACAGAGAAGCAUUAGGGAUAACUCAAAACAGAUAAUAUUUUAUAGAGACUAAAUGUCCCUCCAUCCUUAAACACAAUCACUAGAGAGCCAUAGUGUCUCGUCUGUAAAUAAUAUUUCUGCARAACUGUCAGGCACCACUUUUUAAUAAAACCUCUGAAAGUGA